CGCGCCCCGCGCCGCGGCACGCGUGUCCCCGGGGGUCGGUGGCCGCCCCCCGGGCCUCAGCCUCACCGUCCUCUCUCUUCCUCUGUCCCCCACCACUAUAUCCGUCCCACGGCGCCGCGCUCCGCUCCCAACCGCGUCGCGUGUCCAAAACAUUCUGCGGCCUGUUGGAGGGCAGCACCAAGUAUCACCAGUCUAGGGCCUACUCUGGUUACUAGAAGGAGUACUCGCAGGCACCAGCUAGCUUCCGCACUGCGGCCAGAACCAGAAACCAGAGCGGCAGCCUUGCGGCGCCCGCGUGGAGGCGUGGAGCAUAAAGCCGGCGCUCGCGCUGCUGGCAGCAAUCCAAUCCCCUGUUCUGCUCUGUUCUCCCGAGUAAUCACAAUUCAAGCCUUCUUCGACCUCGAGCUCGUCGUCAUGAGGAGCGCCGCGUCCCUGUCCCUCGUCUUGCUCCUCGUCUUCGUCGCGGUCCCGUCUCCGGCUCGCGGCUGCGACCGCUGCGUGCGCCGGUCCAAGGCCACCUACCAAGCCUCCUCGCUCGCCCUCAACGCCGGUUCUUGCGGGUACGGCUCCCUGGCCGCGUCCUUAAACGGCGGCUUCCUCGCCGCGGCCAGCCCCGAGCUCUACAGGGGCGGCGUCGGCUGCGGCGCCUGCUUCCAGGUGCGGUGCAGGGACAGCGAGCUGUGCAGCGCCGCCGGCACCAAGGUGGUGGUGACGGACCAGGCGCGGACCUCCUCGAACCGCACGGGCCUGGUGCUGAGCGCCGCGGCGUACGCGGCCAUGGCCCGCGCCGGCGAGGCCGCGCGGCUCCGGGCGCAUCGCGUCGUGGACGUCGAGUACAAGAGGAUCCCAUGCGAGUACGCGAACCGCAACCUGUCCAUCCGCGUGGAGGAGAAGAGCCGGCCGCCGAGCCAACUGUCCAUCAGGUUCCUGUACCAGGGCGGCCAGACCGACAUCGUCGCCGUCGACGUCGCCACGGUCGGGUCGUCGAACUGGCGGUUCAUGACGCGGGAGCACGGGCCGGCGUGGAGCACGGCGCAGGCGCCGGCGGGGCCCCUGCAGUUCCGCCUGGUGGUGACCGGCGGGUACGACGGCAAGUGGGUGUGGGCGGAGUCGGAGGUGCUGCCGCGGCGGUGGGAGGCCGGCCGCGUCUACGACACCGGGGUGCAGGUCGCCGACGUCGCGCAGGAAGGGUGCUACCCCUGCGACACGCACGAGUGGCAGUGACGCGCGGGCUGAGCUGUGAAAAACUGUACAGUUCUUUUUGCCUUUUUUUUUUCUGCAUCUUUUGCUCAAUACCGUCCAUUCUUGGAUGGAUGGACGGAUGGAAAAAUAUGAAAUGAUGAAUGGAAUCGGAGAGGGAGAGUCAAACGUGCCGUUGCAA